AUGACAGAUUGCCUACAGAUUCCGGCCGACAGAGAAUGUUUCCUUCAAUGCGACCCUGUCGUUGUUUUGGGAGAGAAGAUCAGUCAGGUGCCGUUCCGCCGCCGGACUCUGGGCGGUGAUCGGCGCCGUCAUCAUCUCGGGUAUCUGGAUCAGGUGGCACUCCACGCUCAACUGCACCUCAUUGACGGCUCCAUGAAUUCUCCUGUGCGUUCGGCCCUACUCAAUGCCGUUGACUGCCAGAAGCUUUGGGGGCCAGGCUUAAUCAUCCCGUGGCUCACCGAGCCGUCGCGCCGUUUUCCAAUAGACUCAUUGCUCGGUCAAGGGACGAGCGCGGCUUUCUCGUGUACGGAGUACGGAUGGAUAGCCGGCUGUCGUCGCCACCUACCAUCGGGUUCUGCAUGUGGAGAGGACGCGUUCGCUCCCCUUGAGCUGAUGGAGCCGGGUCUCGUCGGGUUGCCUGCCAUGGAAGCUUUUCCCAACCAGCAUGUCCCACUCUCAACGACAAGAAAUCAUCAUGUCGAGAUCCCACUCCAUCGACGAAGCCAUUUCAAAAACUGCUGGAUCAGCGCCUGA